GUGGGGGCCAAGAGAUCCCGUCGCGUUUUGACCCCCAGAAACCUCCCCGCAACCCGCCACCACCAGAGUCACAAUUCCUCCUCCUCCUCUCCUCCUCCUCCUCCUCCUCUCCUCCUGACUGAAAACACCAUCGCUCAUCCCGGGCCGUGACAUUUUCCAGCCUGUCGCCGUACGCUGCGCAGCGAGAGCAGAGAGUCAAAAAGGAAAGGGGGGGCACGCUUCGUGAGGCUAUCUGUCGUCCGCACGGCACCGAGCAUCCCGAUUCUCUGCGAUCCGGAGCGAGAGGCGCACCAGGCGGAGGCGAGGCGCUACAGGAAGCCGCUGCUCCCUCUCACCCCGCUCUGUGGACUACACCGGACACGGCCUAAACAGGACUGGAUACGGCGGAUAUUUACGUCUCGGAGCCGAGAGCCAGAGGAAGGGGGGGAGCAAAGCUCGCUGGACUAGCCAAGGAGCGCAUCAUCAUCUCCGGUGUAGGUCUGGCUGUCGAGCCGCAUGGAGAAAAGGUAUGAAGAGCUGGUGCACUACUCAGGGUCGGAGGGCAUGUCACUGGGGGGGUAUGGGGACAAUGUAAGGGGGCUUCCACCCCCGCAGUAUGGACCCACCAUCCCUGACUCCCUCAAACACCACAAAGACCAGAUUUAUGGUCACCCACUGUUUCCACUGCUGGCCUUAGUGUUUGAGAAGUGCGAGCUGGCCACCUGCUCCCCUCGAGACUCCUCCUCCCUUUCAGCCACCUCCCACCUCCCCGGCAUGACCAAUCACAGUGAUGUUUGCUCCUCAGAGUCCUUCAACGAUGAUAUCGCUGCGUUUGCAAAGCAGAUUCGCUCAGAGAAACCCAUAUUUUCCUCCAAUCCUGAGCUGGACAACUUGAUGAUUCAGGCCAUACAGGUUCUUCGCUUUCAUUUGCUGGAGUUAGAGAAGGUGCACGACCUGUGUGAUAAUUUCUGCCAUCGCUACAUCACCUGCCUGAAGGGUAAAAUGCCCACAGACCUCGUGCUGGAUGAGCGGGAGGGAGGCUCUAAGUCUGACAUGGAGGACUUCAGUGGAUCCUGUACCAGUUUGUCAGAGCAGAAUGCAUCCUGGUUACGAGAACCAGAUGAAUGUGCUACUACUCCUCUGGGAACACCGGGCACCUGUGGCCUGCCCUCACACAGCACAGUAGACAACUGCAGUGAUGCAGGUGAUGGUCUUGAUGGAGGGGUGGCCUCGCCCAGCACAGGAGAAGAGGAUGACAGCGACAGAGACAGGAGGAACAACAAGAAGAGAGGCAUCUUCCCCAAAGUGGCCACAAACAUCAUGAGAGCAUGGCUCUUUCAGCACCUGUCGCAUCCAUACCCAUCAGAGGAGCAGAAGAAGCAGCUGUCGCAGGAUACGGGGCUGACCAUCUUACAGGUCAACAACUGGUUCAUCAAUGCCAGGAGGAGAAUAGUUCAGCCGAUGAUCGACCAGUCAAACCGCUCAGGUCAGGGUGGUCCCUACAGCCCAGAGGGAGCAGCUCUCGGGGGCUACGGUCUUGACGGGCAGGCCCACCUCGGACUUCGAACAGCAGGCCUCCAGGGAAUGUCGUCUCUACAGGGCGACUACCCUGGAGCUCUGCUGUCCCAACCAGGCUAUCCUCCGCAUCCAGGACCGUCCCUCCACUCGUACCCUGGCCCACACCCUCACGCCGCCAUGCUGCUCCACCCACCUCCACAUGCACACCCUGCAGAGCCGCUCCUCGCCCAAGGACUGGACAUACACGCGCACUAGCUGUUGAGGGAGUUGGGGAGUGUGUGGGGGGAACAUGACUGAAUGAAUGUGAGUGCGUUGGGAUAUAUGCCUGUGAGUGUGUGUGUGUGGCUGAGUAUAUAUAAUGACUCUUACAGUACAUUAUUUAAAGAAAAAAAGACACAUUGCUCCAAAAGUUUACAUUCCCUACUGAAAAAAACACUGACCUCAAUGUAGCUGUUCCACCUCUUAACAUACACACAACAUGCAAACAUUUUGCCUUCAUACAUCUCAGUCUGGACCCACAGGUUUAAGCCAUACCUCUCUCAGAGUAGAAGUGCUUCCUCCUCUUCAAACGUCUCCACUGUGUCCUGUGGGUGAGACACAUGCUUUAAAUCACACUUCCCAACAUACCUGCUGAACCACACGAAGGCGAUCAAUCGGACUGGAGAGACAGAUGACUUAUUGGCAGACAUUUUGCAACAGCACACUGAUCUUUCUACACACACAGACUGAUAAACACACACGCAACCACACACUCCUUAUUUAAAGCUUGUUUCUGUUCAUUUUUUCCUAUUCUAUUUUUGUAUUUAUGUGUGCCACUUCAGGCAGAUUCAGCUUCAUACAGGCUUGUUGAAAUGUUAGUGCUCUUCCUCAGCAUGAAGCUAAACAUUAUGAAUGACUUCCAGUCUGCCUGUUGUACCACUGACCUCCUUAAGACGCCAGCAGCAGCAGGCGUCCGAUACCUUAGGAUCUUUCCUAUACACAUGCAAAUACACAUACACACACAUAGCAACAAACACUACACAGAAAGCCAUUAUAGCACACAUGCACACAAACUUCUGUAAGCAUUUCUCGUACAUUGUCGACUGUCACAGCGGUGUGUGAAGGGAGCUGCAGCCAAAGGACUCUUAAAACAUUCGGCUCCCUCUCCACGCUGUUCUGACUGCUGAAAUAUUUCUGAAUGAUGACGAUGGGAACUACAGUUAAGAUAUUAAAAUGUUUUUGGGGUUCUUUUUGUAAAA